AUGACAGCGUCACAAUCACAACGGACCUGGGAGCUUGAGGACCAGCCCAUGGCGCCCAAGCUCGACCAGCAACAACGAGAUAUGCCAGACGAUGGCUCAAAACAGCACGACUCAUCGAACGUUCGGUGGCCGUUCGAAGACGUGGACGAUGACAAGCAGCCUUUACCUCCACACCAGCCGUCGGGUGGCUCGUCAUUCCAGUGUCAACCGCCCAUGGAUCCGGCGCUGAGACCGAGCCAGGGACGCAUCCGUUACAUCCUACGCUACUGGAGUCUUGAAAUUUUCACAGUCUUUGUCGCGUUUUGUCUUCUUGCCGCCAUCAUCACGCUCCUCGCCUACUAUAAUGGUCAUUACAUGCCAGAAUGGCCUUUCGAGAUCAACCUCAACACCGCCAUCGCCCUUUUAUCGACCCUCCUACGGGCCGCCAUUGUCGCCGCCGUGGCUGAGAUCAUCGGCCAGAUCAAGUGGACAUGGUUCGCCGAGAAAACUCGCCCUCUACAGCAUCUCCAGGAUUUUGAUGCGGCGAGUCGGUCCGUCCUUGGAUCCAUUAGGCUUCUGGGAGUGGUGGUGUGGAACCUAGGAUUUAGUUCUGCUGGCUUACUCGCCAUCGGUUCCGCGAUAAUAACUAUCGCCAGUCUGACUGUUGGCCCCGUCACGCAACAGGCCGUCCGCACAGAGACCUGCUCCAUGAUCCAGGAGCAUGCACGCUCCGCUAUUCCCGUGGCCAACUAUGUCCCGGGGUCGUCAUCGUACUACCGAGUCGGGGCGGGCCUGUAUGAGCUCGAGGUAGACAUGAAGAGUGCCAUGAUCAAGGGUAUAACCGAUCCGGCCAGCCAGGACAGCAACGUUCAAGUCACUUGUUCCAGCGGUAACUGCACGUGGCCCGAUUGGGGCACAGGCGUCACACAUGCGAGUAUCGGUAUCUGCAGCAGUUGCAUCGACACAACAAGCUUCGUAAGCUCACCCCAGCUCGGAGACAACCUGACACUGCCGGAUAACGGUGCCUUCAUCAACGUUCUGGGGGGGAACUAUAUGUGGAUGGGCUACAGCAAUCUGAGUGCGUACACUGAACUAUUCAGUGACGACUUUGCCCAGGCAGCUGCAGUCUCGCUUGCCAACUUCAGCAUGCUCAUGGUGACGAAGUCACCCUGCACGUCGGAGGAGUCGAACGGGAUUACCAAGCUGAACUGUCCGCAUCGCCUUUCGCAAUCCGACAAUAGCUACUUCGACGGCAUCGGAGACUAUAUUGCGUCCUCGUGUGUCUUGUAUCCAUGCAUGAAGGAGUAUUCUGCCCGGUACGAGGACAAUGUGCUGACUGAGAAGCUCGUCCGCACCACCACAGCGGUGCUCAAUUCUGCCGAGCAGAUGGCUUCGGGAACCACAUACCGGUACUCGGCUUCCGGCAACUAUACAGCCAUUCAGAGCCCUUGCGUACUCGACGACGGCACCUGGUACGACACCGGCAAUCAGAGCGAGGCCCUGCACGUUCCAGGGCGCACCUGGGCUAAUGUCAGCUUGGGCGACAGCGACGUGCAGUCAGGCGACAAAAUCAGCAGCGUGCCCAACGCUUGUCUCUACAAGAUGGACGGGAUCUUCUUUGAGGCGCUGUCUAACUUCCUCAACGGGGACCUGUUGAGCGCAUCGUGUACAUACAACUCCAUGCAGAGCGGCCACAUCAACUGCUAUGACUCCUGGUGGCUCACGCCGCUAUGGGCUGACAUGAACGCCACGGUGUCCAGCCUAACGGAAGCCAUCGACAACUUUACCUGGGCCGUAACCAACAAGUUUCGCAUGACUGGGCUAGGCCCCGAUGUUUUGCGAGGGACCGACGCUCUCAGUUCCCGGGGUGCCGAGGCCCUAGGCGAAGUCUGGACAAGCACCACAUGCACCUUUUUUGAUCAGAAGUACAUCGCACUACCCAUCAUUCUGGUCGUCAUAUGCGCGUUCUUGCUGGGCUGGAUUAUCUUUAAGAACUACUCCGACCCCGAGCAGCCUGUCUGGAAGGGUAGCGUGCUUCCGCUGCUCUUCUUUGGCCUUCACAACACCGUGGGCCCAAGGGAACCGGGUGUAGGGGCGUGCACGAGUGGGAGCAGAGGUUGUGGUGAUUCCAGAAGGGACGAACGACUAGCAAGGAAUAUGACGCUCUUCAGGGAGGAUGGACGCGGGGCGCCGGAACUCGAUCGGAUCCAUCAAGAGUCGGCACGAACGUGGGUACGGUUCCAUGGCGGGACGGACCCCGGAUUCUUGGAUCUAGGGACGAAAAAGAAGAGAAACGACCCAGAAGCCGAUAAUGUGGGGUUAAUGCCGCCGGCCCCGAUUAAACAGCGUUUAUACGGAAGCAAGUCGGCCAGAUAA